CAUGUCUCACCUUGUCCCAACGUGCAAGUGAUACCGCUCAUGGGUCAAGACUGGCAAAUCGUCAACCUUACUCAAGAAAUCUCUGAACUAGUGGGCAAGCUAGGAGAACACUUUUUCGAUGGAUACCUAGCGCAGAUGCUGGUAAAGAGGAUUCGCCGCCCUCAAUACAUCGAAUUGGAUUCAGUGGUGGGGAUGUGCAAGCCAGGUUCCGUUGCAUUCAAUGGAAAGUGGACAAGAGCCCUGUUUCCGGUCAAUCUCAAACUUGAUAAAAGCACAUGGCUCUGUCCGAUGAGAGUCGAGCAAAGCUCUGAGCGUAUGCUGCUACACAGUCUUCCCUUCGAGCUCUUCAGCCUGAUCUGCGAGGACCUUGACAACGAGGAUCUCAUUUUCCUCUCUGUGACGUGCCAACACCUUUGGGAUCUGUGUCGGCCCUCACUAUACGAGCGUAUCACGCGCCUCUGCAACCGCCGUUACUGGAGUGGACAUCGAUUGGUUUGCUUUGGAGAUGGAGUCGCCAACAACGAUAUCCCAGACUCCAUCCUUUCUUCGGACGAGAGAGCAAAGUACCUUGUCAUCACAGACGGGCAAGCAACCAACGAUUACCAUUCCACCGUGACUCUAUACAAGUACGAAUUUACCAGUGCCCCUUCAUUCGACAGUUCGGUGAGCCUCGACUCCGAACUGCUCAUGAAGGCCCACAAGCGCAACUGUCAUCGAGAUAUCCUCCAUGCGCAGACCUUGUGUCAUUCCCUGCAUCAUAUCUGUUACAGCGACAUGGUGGUCAAGUCCACUACUGCCUCCACCAGUUGCAUUCUCCGAAACCUCACCAAGCAGCAGUACGUGCGCGAAACCGAGCUGUUCAAGAUGAAAGACAAGUAUUGGAACCCUCACCCAGGGCGCCAUAAUAACUUGUCUCUGGGUCACAUUGUCUUCGGGCGCAUAUGCUGGUCCUCGAAUUCCUCCGUAUCCAUGGGUCGGGACGAUUCCAUUGAGCUCCACCGCGGCGUUUGGGCUGGCGACCGGUUUGACAUCAUCUCUGAUUCAGAUGAGGAGUGGGUCAAAGAGCUGCAGCAAGAGACGUCACGGUGGAAGGAUGUCAGCAGAGAUGCGGUUGAUGAGCUUGAGCGGAUUUAUCGGUGGGAGUGUCUAUCAUGAACUAGGAAGGGGAGACGCGAAAGGACCCAGCUGCGGUUUACCAGGCCGGGGCGGCUGACGAAAGCGACAGUCAAUGCUGAAGCGGAAGGACGACAAGCGAACUCACCAUGAGAAGGCAAAUGGGCUAAAAUACUGCUGAAUGUAUUCGAUAGGUUAACGAAGUGCAGCCACCACGAAUAAUGCAAGAAACCAAAAAGCUCAUUCUGUUUCACUUGCCGCCUAACUGGGCUUCCACUCGAUUGUCGUCGCAAUCCAUGAUCGGACGGUUUCCAGAAUCCUGAUAAUAAGUAGGGGGAUAAUCUAUGUUUGAUGUCCGAGCACUAGUCGUUGAAGCGAGGUAUUCCAUGGCCGAUUGUAAGUGGGGCCGCUCAGUGUUGUGCGUGCUUGGAAAUUAGGUGGUCCGGUCCUCCGCAGUAAAUUUGAUUGCACGAGGUACCGAAAGUUUGAGGCAAGUGAGGGCGUUCGCACUUAUGCUGUACACAAACUCUGUGACCGAUUUCCAUGCAUUAGCACAACCGAGAUGGAAUUAUCAAGUAGUGGUGUUCUCGAAGGGGGGGACGAAGUCAACACUUGCAAACAGAAGAGGUAUCCAUUUUACCAUCACUCUCUUCUUCGCGUCUCGUGCGGUGCCCGACCAACUGUCUAUAUACGAUGGCUAACGCGCCCCCAGAAAUACAGAAAACAACUUCCAAUGGUAGCAGCAGUAAUCUAAAGCGCGCCUUUGACGAUGGGGAGAGCGGCAGCCAUCAUCAUCAGCACAAACGCCGCGAACGGGAUGUGAAGGGGUCCCGGGACUGGCGCGAUGUACAUCUCGGCAACGGUGGGGGUUCAGGCGGCAACGGUAGUGGCAGUGGCCGGAGCAGCCGCGUGGGUGAGAGGGAUAGAGAUAGAGAGCGGCACAGACGAGAGCGUGACAGGAGAUACCGCGAUCGCGACUACGACCGGCCGCGUGAGCGCUCGCGCAGCCCGCGUCCGCAGGCAUCUCCAACUGUGUGCUCCGAGAAGGAAGAGGGCGAAAUCUCACCCCGCCCGCGCUCGGUCUCGAUAGCGACUCCUCCGCCUGUGACGCCAGCACCCGAGCAGCCUACGAUGCAAGUUGAGCCGGAGCUCGAGCUCGAGCUCGCCCCAUCCCCACCGCCUGUGGAGCAGACAUUGGCUGAACGGCGUGCCCGACGUGCAGCAAUCCUUGCCCGUCAUACGAGCACUGCUGCCCCGCCGUCGGUUGCACCUAGUCAAGCCGUGUCCCGACAAAUUUCGCGCUCCCCUUCCCCAGAGCAAAACGAGACGCAGUUUACGCUUGCCAAAGCUGACGAAACGGCCGAACUCGCUGUUGCCCCUGAAGAUCAAGUUAAUGCGGCCGACUAUGAUCCGUCUCUAGACCGUCGCGAAGACGAGUUCCGACGCGUGAACGCUCCUGCAGUCGAAGUCGUCGAGGAGGAAAUGGAAUAUGAGGAAGACGAGGACGAGGAUGAAGAUCUGGAUGACAUGUUCUCGCUGGACACCGACAAGCCCAAGAAAAAGAAAAAAGUCGGCAAGAAGAAGGUCAAAGUGGAGCAGCCUGCAAAUGGGCAGCAGCAGCAGGUCCUACACUCUGAUGCCGCUGCAGAUCCGGAAGGGUACUACACUGUCAUCUUAGGCGAAGUGCUCGUGGCUCCUGGUGAGAAGGGCGAACGCUACCAGGUGUAUGCAAGCGUCGGCCGGGGGAUGUUUGCUGUCGUCGUCCGAGCGAGGGUUUUGUCGGAGGGCGACGACGGGAAGGAAUCAAAGGAAGGCGGGCGGGAGGUUGCCAUCAAGAUCGUGCGCGCACAGGAAGUGAUGCAUCGUGCGGGGCUCAAGGAGAGCGCGAUCCUGACGAAGCUGCAGGCUGCGGAUCCGGAGGACAAGCGGCAUAUUGUAAGACUGGAGCGUACAUUUGAGCAUCGAGGGCAUCUCUGUCUCGUAUUUGAGAGCAUGAGCAUGAACCUACGCGAUGUUGUGAAACGAUUUGGCAAAGACGUAGGCCUGAAUAUCCGGGCAGUACGAGCUUACGCGCAUCAGCUGUUCAUUGCGCUCGGCCAUCUCCGCAAGCUCGGUGUGAUGCACGCCGAUAUCAAGCCGGAUAACAUCCUGGUCAACGACGCCAAGACGAUGCUCAAGCUCUGCGACCUGGGUUCCGCAUCGGAUGCCGCUGAAAACGAUAUCACUCCUUACCUGGUGAGCCGAUUCUAUCGCGCUCCUGAAAUCAUCCUUGGUGUCCCCUAUGACCCUUCGCUGGAUGUGUGGUCUGUCGGAUGCACGUUAUAUGAACUGUAUACGGGGAAGAUCCUGUUUCCGGGGAGAAGCAACAACCAGAUGCUGCUGCAUAUGAUGGAGCUCAAGGGUCGCUUUAACGGCAAGAUGAUCAAAAAGGCCAAGUUCGGGGAUGUCUAUUUUGAUGAGAUGGGUGCUUUCGAGAGUGUGGAGAAGGAAAAGGGCAGCGGCAAUGUACGUGGCGGGGAAUGGCCUGCGGAAUGCUGGAUCGCUGACUUGCGGUAUCCAGGAUGUGGUGCGGAAAGUGCACAUCUCGAAACCGGCGAAAGACUUGCGACAGAAAUUGCUUGGGAACGCGCGGUUGAGCGAGGAGGACACGAAUGUGCUGCUGCAUUUCAUUGAUCUGCUGGACCGGUGUCUGGCGCUCGACCCGGCCCGCCGCAUCACGCCGCGGGAGGCACUUUCGCAUCCGUUCAUCCGCGGAUCAACCAAGUGAAGUUCAGGGUGGGUUGUGACAAGCGUGGAGUCGUGUAGAAUGGAACGGGCGUUUGUUCUUUCUUGUGUGCUUGUGUGUUGUGGGUAGUCAGUCAGUCGAUCCUCGGAUGCAGUUAUAUUAUACACACGAGCAGAAGGAUCCAAGUAUCUGAUUCUACC